UGCAAGAUUUCAGUUUGAUCAUGGAACAAAAUAAUUUAAAAGAUCAAUUUUCAGAUCCUCAACCAAAUUUUAAUAACUACACGUUUCAAUCGAUUCCUGAACAAGCUUCGUACGUGAAUCUUCCUUGUAUGGCUCCCGCUCAGAAUGUAACAAUCGAACAUCAACUAACAUUCGGUCAAAAUAAUUUUAUCGUAGAUCAACAAAAUCUUUAUUACUUUUAUUAUCAACCACCAAAUGAUCAUUGCAACUAUCAUAUUUGUUGUAAAGAAAUUUCACUUAACAAAGUUAUUCAAUUAUUAAAUGAAUUCUCUGAUGGUAAUAUUAACUCAAAUCAAUACGAAUAUAUUUUUUUCUAUAAUCAACAAAGUAAUGGUAAAAUUUACCAGAUUUUUUGUGAAAUAGUAAUACCUUCUUUAAUCUUAAAUAGAGUUAUCUAUGGCAUUGAAAUUUAUCAGAAUUUUGAGCAUGAACGUUUACUUUUUACAUUUAAUCAAAAAGAAAAUCUCAAAUUUUAUUUAACACAAUAUCUUAAGCCACUUCUUUAUUAAAUUAAAUUAAUAUUACCUUAUUGGAUUCAUGUACUAUUAUUGUUGUAUAAUGUUGUAUAAUAAACGUUUUUUCUGUAUGGAUUUUUGGUCUCACAUAUUG